AGGAAUAGUCUCCAGGACUGCUCCAUUUCGCUUUGUGUUGGAUGAUACGAACAGGCGAACCGGAAUGCUCCGCGGGAGCGACUCUAGCCCACGUUGCUGCGAUGCGCCUCUUGCUGCCAUCGUCAGUCGUCCGACAGUUUGCAAACGUGCGCGACGUAUUUGCAUGCCGCGCGCGAAAUUUAUUACUCAUUAGCGUUUUAUGUGCUCGCGUUCGUUUCAUCAAUUAAAAAAUAAUAACAAACUAAAAGCCAAUAUCAAAGACACAACUUACAAGAUAACAAUCUUGAAACGUCGGUGUAUUAUGUGUGCAAUACGUUAAUUAAUAUUAUUUAUAAAUUUUAAAAGACAAUAUUCACUUAGUUAAUUCGUAUAAUAUAAUUUUUGUGAUAUUUUAAAAUGCCUCGUAUCAAAUUUCAUUGUGAAAGUUUCUUGUUCUUAUUUAUUUGCAUUGUGAUCACCUCAACAAACCAACAUAAUUGUCCCGAAACGGAAGGAUGCCAAAGAUUACAGUCACACAUUCAAAAUGAGACACACAACGAAAUCAUCUGCAGGCGGGUAAUCGACGUCGAGUUUUCGAUUGAUGUGCACGCAAUUCAUCUGUGUAAAUACGACAACGCAACAUUUUACCUGAAGCAUGUCAUCAAGAAGUUACCAAACGUUCGCCAAGUUAUUAUUUUCGACAGCAAGUUAUCCUAUCUCAUUGGACCAAACAGAUAUAAUCAUAUCAACUUGUUGCGGAUAAAUAAUUCGACGUUAAAGCGCGUUGCCGACAACCUGCUGCACAAUAUGAGUCAAUUGCAUGUCUUGGAUUUGCGCAACAACUCGUUUGAUCGCCUGCCCAAUCAAUUCACCCAGUAUCCGGGGCUCCAACUCAAGGAUGUUUAUUUAUCCAAUAAUAAAUGGAACUGUCGUCCUGAAAAUCUCAUGUGGACCCGAAAUAUAACCACGUCUUUAAUCAGAGAUUUAGAAACAGUGGAUUGUGACGAUCCGUUCAAUGGUAAACCAGUAUUUCAUAUCAGCAAAUUCCAACAGGAUAUAAUGUCAGAAUGUCCAAGAUAUUGCGAUUGCGAACUAUUCAACAUUGUACGGGACUUUGAAGAUGUCUUAAAUCCUAUAAUAGCAGUGAAGUGUCUGAAUCAAGGACUUCUACAACUUCCCAGACAUCUUCCUAAUUUGACGAAAAUUUUGCAUUUGGAGAACAACUCCAUCAGUGAUCUUUCACCUAUUGUGACGAAUAGGUCUUACAAAGACCUGCUAGAGCUUUAUUUGGAUCAUAAUAAUAUAGCCAGCAUUGCUAUCUUAGAAGGUGGUGACUGGUUGCAGCGGUUUAAUGUAUUGUCUUUGAGAUCCAACAAAUUGGUACAGCUACCUACGUACGCUCUUGAUAAUGCACUCUCCAGGAACGAAAAUAUGCCUGAUGCGGUAUUAUUCUACCUGGCUGAUAAUCCGUGGCGAUGCGAUUGUGCUUACACACCACACUUUCAAGAGAUGCUGAUGAAGUAUGCUCCACAGAUUAAAGAUUUGCAUGAAGUGCGAUGUCGUUUUGCGGUGGGUGAUGAAAAUUCGUUACUUCCUAUUGUGAGUCUUACCAGAAAUUCUAUAUGUCGGCAAGCAAAUGAUUACGCCAUUAAACCAUUAGAUCUAGUGAACAUUAUUCUUGCAUCUUUGAUUGUUCUUGUUUUGGGUAAACUGGUCUACGAUUAUUAUUUCUUUAAAAAGACUGGGAGACUGCCCUGGAUUGUUAGCAAAAUGCCAUAAUUGCUUAAGACGUUAUUAUAAAAUGGUCCAACUUUUGUGGAAAUGUUAAAUAUUUGUAUACGUAUUUAUUUGUAUUUUAGUUUAUGUCGCUCUGGUGAUAAUUGCGUAAUCAGCUUUAAUUGAAUGUUGAGAAUGUUGAUUCAUUUAUUUUAUGGACAAAUCUCCAGUGAAGAAUAUUAUCUUGUACAUUGUUAAUCUUAAGUUUUCAAACAUUUCAAUAAAUAUAACUGGCGGCACUUGUGAUUCAACUAGAA